UUUUGAAUUUUUGUUUUUUAGUUGUUUUUUGUUUUUUCUAGUAGUGAUGUAAAAUUGAUUUCACUGUAUAAGUAAAAAUAAAAAAAAAUGAAUACAAAUCGUCCUUGUGGCUGCAAAGGUUACAGAACGUGUCUAAAUUGCGAAACAGAGUUCAGCAUACCCUCCACUGGUGAAGAACCUAAGCUGAAUACAACGAAAGUGGUCUACUGCCCUUAUUGCAACUUAUGUUAUCCUGGUAAGGAUGCAAAUUCCUACAAAUCGCAUCCAAACCACUCGGGAAAGCCUUUGAGGUAUGAAGGCAUCUAUAUCCAAGAGGACUUCUUAGAUGACUUGGAACAUGAUAGGUUAAUUGAAAAUCUUGACUUGAUGCCUUGGGAUUUGUCUCAGAGCGGCAGACGCAAACAAAAUUUCGGACCCAAAUGCAAUUUCAAAGGCCGUAAGCUGCGUUUAGGUGAUUUCAAAGGCUUCCCAAGUUUUACCAAGUUUGUGCAAGACAAAUUUCGACAAGUGCCAAUACUGCAAGACUUCCAAACCAUUGAGCAGUGUUCCCUAGAGUAUGACCCUGAAAGAGGGGCUUCGAUUGACCCCCAUGUAGAUGAUUGUUGGGUUUGGGGUGAGAGAAUUGUUACUGUUAAUUUAUUAAGUGACUCUGUGUUAUUAAUGACACCUAAUCAAUAUCCCAAAAAGUAUAAUUUAGAUUUAGUGAAAAGUUAUCCCAAAACUGUUGGAAAUAGAGUAGCAUCAAAUGUAAGUGACAUGUUGGAUAUUGAAAAGAUACAAGAUGAAAUAGUAUUAGUGCCAAUGCCAAAAAAAUCCUUGCUGGUGAUGUAUGGUAGUGCAAGGUAUGACUAUGAACAUAGGAUUUUAAGAGACGAUAUUGUUGAGAGGAGGGUAUGUUUGGCUUAUCGGGAAUUUACACCAAUUUUUUUGCAAGGGGGUGAUUGCUUUGAAGAUGGGAGAGUAAUAACUGAUAAGGCUAAAGAGUUUUUUGAUAUUAUAAGCUAAUAUCGUUGUAGUUUUAAUUGAUUGAGGAAAAAAAUAGAAAUUGAAUGUGAAAAUAAUUAUUAGUGUUAACACAAUAAAGGAAAUCGUAACAACUAA